UACAGAAUUUUCACACAUUUAAAAUAAUCAUCGAAGCAGCAACAGCACGUCUUUGUUUACUUCAAAAAUGUCUAAAAAGGUGAUUAAAAACAAAAUAAGAAGGAGCAACAAGUUUUUUUGUACUUACAAAAAAAAAAUGUUUAAAAAAGUUAUUAAAAAACGAAAAACAUCAAAGAAAAAAAUUCUGAAGCCAGCGAUCGAAACGAAGAUUUCGGCGAGUGGUAUGACAGAGGAAAAUUUAGAAUUAAUGGGAUUGAAAAUAAAAAUAUUAACUGUUGAUUGUGGGAAACAUGAAAAGUGGCGAGUUUUUAAUAAAAUACCUAAUUAUGUGUACUAUGUAAAUAAUUUAAACUACGAGAUUGUAAAGGCACACAAUAUUUACGAACGUUUAUCAAUGUCAACAUUCGAACACUAUUCAUCAAUAAUUAUUUUUAUUAAUUGUCAAAAGGCCCGCUGCCGCAGAAAAAGUCUUUGUACAAUAAUUAAGGCAAUCCAAAGCAAUAAACGCAUACGGAAUCAAUUAAAAUUGAUUUGGGCUUCUUAUAGAGGAUACUCACAUGCAUUUACACCGGAUAUUCUUUUCGAUUCAAUGUUCGAAGAUUUCUUUAUUUUCAAGUCAAUGGAAUUAGAUAACACCACUUUGUUUCAAGAUCAUUUCGAAAGAGGAAUUCAAGUUCUUUUGCACCUAUUGACUUCCACCCCAUUUACGACGGCCCAAGAAAUCCAAAAAGUACUAAAAUGUCAAUAUUUAUUGAUACAGUUAAAAUCAACUGCCAGUUUAUAUUUCUAUGGUGUGAAUCCAGCAUUGGCCAUUAUCAUUAAUAAUUACUAUUUUACAAAUACUGAACUUGAGUUGGAUACUCGCGAGGGCAGUGAAAACGAUGUUCUCGAUUUGAUAAGAACAUUUAUAGAAACCCGAACUCCGUUUAUAGUAAUAAACGAUAUUAGUAAGGAUCAAUUUUUGAGAUGGAAAGAUUAUUUGUGUCGUAAAGAUAUGACAUAUCUUAAAAAUUUAUACUUUAUUACGAUGACUCAUGGCAGUUCCAAUAACAUUAUCUACACAAAUGAUGGAGAAAUAAACUUUAUCGAAGACAUUUUACUACCCAUACAAGCGAACGCAACGCUCAAGAAAACAAAUGUUACAUUCCUCAAUGUCCAUUGUCGUGGUGAUGUUUUCGCUGUUAAUGCUGAUGAUGAUGACUUCGAUAUAGAAUGUACUAAGAUAAAAGAUUUGAAAUGUAAUAUGUCGAUAAUGUUUAGCGUUCCCGAUUCUAUGAUAUCUGUUAGAUAUCCCACAAAAGGAACACCAGUUAUAAAUAGUUUUACUAGAAUAUUUUGUAACUUGGAUUCUACGUCAAAUGUUAAAAUUCUUCAUGAUAAAAUCUGGGAUCUUGUAAAGAAAGAUCCCUAUUACAAAUAUCUGGAUAUUUAUAGCGUGUCUACAGAAUUGGUGAUGGGUGAUUGUCCUCAUGAUGAUGGAGGUGGCAAUGAAAAAGAAUAUAAUAUUAAACCGAUACCUACCAAUCCAAAGCAAAUACUUCCAUUAUUUACCUCAAUAAAAAAUGAUUGUCCUAAUACGGACCUUAUAUGUAGUCCCGAAAAACUGCAUGAUACAUCAAACCAAGAAUGUUUAACACAAACACUAUCGGAAGAUGCCUCAUCAACGCUAUUGGACUUCAAAUCAUUUUGUUUAUAUGCCAACGUAAAUGGAAAUGUAUUUGGUGAAAAGUUGGGACAAUUGAAAAAAAAUACGAACGAAUCGGAUGACGAGUGGGCAGAUCAGUGGGAUGAUGAUUCGGAUAAUGAGUCGUAUAUGGAUAAGAAAAAUAAACGUAAAGAGGCAGAAAUUGAAUUUCGAAAACUUAUCUUGCCCUUUAUGGGCAGUACCAUUCUACAAGAUGAAAACAUUUUUGCACUCGAUGACAUUAACAGAGAAGAUGAGGGUAAUAGAGAUGACUUUAGUACAGCUAUACUAGAUUAUAGAACAUUAAUAAAGGCUUUGGAUUAUGAACUGGGCAUUUCGGUAGAACACUACUAAUUGAAAUAAAAUAACUAUAACUAUAAAAAAACAUUAUUAACUGGACACUACUAAUUUUAAUAAAAUAUAUCAUAAUAAUUUGUGUGGUGUGCAAA